AUGGAUUACAGAAGGCACUAGAGAACUUUGUGAGAUUUGUUUUUUUUUUUCAUCAUAGGAUAAGAAACAGAUACAAAAACAAAAAUCUAGAAAAAGAAAAGUUGUGGCUGUAAUUUGCUUAUCAGUUUUCUCUCAACCCCACUACCUUCACCAAUCACCUUCACCCUCCCGCCCAGCCUGUGUCUUUUUGGUUGUCAAUUGUGCAAAUGGUAAUUUCAGGAAAAACCCACCCAGAUUCACCCGGAAUUGGUAGAAUUGGAUUCAUUCUUUUAUUUUUGCCCGCACACACGAUAUUGACUUAUUAAAGCUUGGUUCUUUACAAAUUUAUGCCAAAGAUUAUACUAUUUCUUGCUUACAAAUUGAGUAGUUAAAGCUUUGGGUCUCUACAAAUUUUACUAUUUCUUGCUGCUAAACUUGAAGAAAUACAUAUUAUAAUGGUGUGUGGAUAGGAGGGGCUGAGGGAGGGGUACUGGGAUUUAGGUUGUUGCAAUCUAAGGAGGGGAAAUGUCUGGUGGGGGUUGUAGUAUUGUAUGGUUUAGGAGGGAUUUGAGAGUGGAAGAUAACCCAGCUUUGGCUGCUGGUGUGAGGGCAGGGGCAGUGGUGGCACUGUACAUAUGGGCUCCUGAGGAAGAAGGGCACUAUUACCCUGGGAGGGUUUCAAGAUGGUGGCUAAAACAAAGCUUGGGUCACCUUGAUUCUUUCUUGAGGAGCCUUGGCACUUCCCUUGUCACAAAGAGAUCCACUGAUACUAUUUCUUCUCUUCUUGAAGUUAUCAAGUCUACUGGUGCCACUCACCUCUUCUUCAAUCACUUGUAUGAUCCUCUAUCACUUGUAAGAGAUCAUCGCGUAAAGGAAAUUUUAACUGCUCAAGGUGUAUCCGUGCGCUCCUUCAACUCUGACUUACUCUACGAACCUUGGGAAGUUCUUGAUGAUGAAGGUCGCCCAUUCACUACCUUCAAAGCAUUUUGGGAUAAAUGUCUCAGCAUGCCUUAUGAUCCCGAGGCUCCACUUCUCCCACCUAAACGGAUAAUUUCAGCUGAUGUGUCGAGAUGUCAUCUUGACAACUUGGUAUUUGAAGAUGAAUCGGAGAAAGGAAGCAAUGCACUUCUUGCUCGAGCAUGGUCACCCGGGUGGAGCAAUGCUGAUAAGGCAUUGAGUGCUUUCAUAAACGGACCAUUAAUAGAGUAUGCCACGAACCGUAGGAAGGCUGAUAGUGCUACAACAUCAUUUCUAUCCCCGCAUUUACAUUUCGGGGAAGUCAGUGUUCGAAAGGUAUUCCAUCUCGUUCGCAUUAAGCAAGUUGUUUGGGCCAAUGAAGGGAACAAAGCCGGUGAAGAUAGUUGCAAUGUGUUCCUCAAGUCUAUCGGGCUUCGAGAGUAUUCAAGAUAUAUGAGUUUCAAUCAUCCUUACAGCCAUGAAAGGCCCCUUCUUGGUCAUCUAAAGCACUUUCCUUGGGUAGUAGAUGAGGGCUAUUUUAAGGCGUGGAGGCAAGGCAGAACGGGUUAUCCUUUGGUGGAUGCGGGCAUGAGAGAACUCUGGGCUACUGGAUGGUUACAUGACCGGAUACGAGUUGUAGUGUCGAGUUUCUUCGUUAAGGUUCUUCAGCUUUCUUGGAGAUGGGGAAUGAAGUACUUUUGGGAUACUCUGUUAGAUGCAGAUCUCGAGAGCGAUGCUCUUGGUUGGCAAUACAUCACUGGUACCCUACCAGAUGCCCGUGAAUUUGAUCGAAUUGAUAAUCCACAGUUUGAGGGCUACAAAUUUGACCCGAAUGGGGAGUAUGUACGCCGUUGGCUUCCCGAGCUUGCUCGACUUCCUACCGAAUGGAUACACCAUCCUUGGAAUGCACCCGAGUCGGUUCUCCAAGCAGCUGGAAUUGAACUAGGUUCCAACUAUCCUCUUCCGGUUGUUGAAAUCGAUGCAGCAAAGGUAAGAUUGCAAGCAGCCCUUGUUCAUAUGGCACAGCGUGAAGCCGCCUCGAGAGCUGCAAUUGAGAACGGUAUGGAAGAAGGGCACGGGGACUCCACCGAGUCUGCACCGCUAGCAUUUCCCCGAGAUGCACGAAUGGAAAUGGACGAUGAACCGAUCAGAAAUAAUCCUUCAGCUACUGCAACGAGGCAUUACGAGGAUCAGAUGGUCCCUAGCAUAACUUCAUCAUUCUUUAGGGGUGAAGAUGAAGAGACAUCAUUGGAUCUCGGAAAUGUGGGUGAAGAUAGUAGAGCAGAAGUGCCAGAAAAUGUCAAUGUAACUGAAGAACCGAGGGGAAACAGAACUGGGCAAGCAGUUUUUCGAACAAUUCAAAGUAACAACAAUGCCCCGCUGCAAUCUCCUUUUGGUGUAGGUAGGAGGAAUUCUGAAGAUUCAACAGCUGAAUCUGCAAGUAGCAGUAGGGGUGCAGUUCCUGUAUGGUCCCCGUCCAGUACUAGUUACUCGGAUCAAUUUGCCGGUGAUGACAACGCCAUUGGGACCGGUUCAUCUUAUUUGCAAAGGCAUCCACAACCAAAUCAGCUAAUGAACUGGCAACGGCUUUCUUAGACCCCGGUUAAAGACGUGCAAAUAAAUGCAGGAAUGGUGUAUAAAAUCAGGGUUCUAUGACAUUGAAUUCCCUCUAGCAAUUGAGGAUUCUGUGCCACCCACCGGACCACUAGAUCUCUAACAGGUCAUUGUUCACAGGACAUGAGAUUAAUAGCCGGGAAAGAGAAUCAAGAUAUGAACUUAUGUGAAUGUACAAAGGAUGGAAUGAACAUCAGUGUUGUGUUACUAGUCUAAGCUGACCAAAAGUCUUGACAAUUGCAUAUAUGAGGUGAUAGUAGCUUAUCAGGAUUCUCACUUUCCUGUUGUAUCAUAUUUUAUUAGGGCCUUUUAAGUGUGAAUAUGGAGGAUUCAUCUUAUAAACUCAGGUUCAUAUAUGCAUCUUCAUCUUGUUUGAUAGAAUAUAAUUUAUCACUA